CAUUGUCAAAUGCGUUGUUUGUAAAUAAUUUUUAAUAAAUCGAUUUUGCAGAAAUAGAGUAAAAAAAUGGAUAUACUUAAAGCAGAAAUUGCACGUAAACGCAAGUUGCUCGAAGAAAAACAAUUAAUUGAUAAUAAAAAGAAGUUUUUUCAACGCCGUGACUUAAUAGCAAAAGAUCAGGAAGAAAUUUUGCAAAAAGUUGGCUACAAAACGCAGGAGAGCACGGAAGCAGAGGACCAUUCAGAGGAAGGUGGCUAUCAUUACGUUUCGGAUGGACAAAAUAUAUUAGCGCGAACUGAAGUUGUAAGGCGUUUGCGUGAUCGUUCUGAGCCCAUAUUACUCUUUGGCGAAACAGAAAUUGACUCCUUCAAUAGACUGCGUCAGUGUGAGAUAACUCAACCUGAAAGUAACCGUGGUUUCCGUAACGAUUUUCAAGAAGCUAUGGAACAAGUUGAUCAAGCAUAUUUGCAAGAAAUGUUUGCCAAUACACCUACAGCAAAAGAAGAAAAGCAAUCUGAUGUAACAGAAUUAGACGAAUCUGUCACUUGGGAAACCAUACAAACAAUGGCGCAAAAAAUGGGACGUGGUAGUAAGGAUUAUGAUAUGGAUGUUAUAAUCACUUUGUUAAUAUUUCUACUCAAGCUGUGGAACGAUCAAAUCGCCUCCUAUUCAAAACAAGAAAAAAUGUCCACAAAAGUUAAAAUGGCGCGUGUUAUUUACACACAAACUAAGGAGUACGUGAAGCCACUGUUCCGUAAAUUGAAACAUCAUACAUUGCCCGAAGAUAUUUUAGACAGUUUGCGUGAUAUAUGCAAGCAUCUACUCAAUCGCAAUUAUAUUUCUGCUAGUGACGCGUACUUGGAGAUGGCCAUUGGGAAUGCUCCUUGGCCCAUUGGUGUUACUAUGGUUGGCAUUCACGCCCGUACAGGACGCGAAAAAAUUUUCUCAAAAAAUGUGGCGCACGUAAUGAAUGAUGAAACGCAGCGAAAGUACAUACAAGGCUUGAAACGUUUGAUGACAAAGUGCCAAGAAUACUUUCCCACAGAUCCCUCCAAGUGUGUGGAGUACGUUAGCCGAAAAGAUCGUGAAUAAAAUUUUUAAUUUUUAAGCUUAUUUUGUAUUUUAAUUGUUUAAAUGUUUAGGUUAAUUUUAAUAAACUUAUCGUAUUACAAAGAAUAA